AUGCUGUCAAGCACUGAUGUUCGACCUGAUUUCUACACCUUCCCCUCUAUCUUGAAAGCUUGUAAAUCUUUAUGUGAUGGGGCACUGUUUCAUUGCUGGGUUUUGAAAUUGGGGUUUGAGUGUGAUGUGUUUGUGGCUGCUUCAUUAGUGCAUAUGUACUGCCGUUUCGGGUUUUCUAGUCGUGCGUAUACGAUUUUCAGAAAUAUGCCAUUUCGGGACAUGGGAUGCUGGAACUCCAUGAUUUCAGGAUUUUGUCAAAGUGGCAAUCAUAAAAAGGCAUUGGCUGUUUUUGAUGAGAUGAUACUAGGAGGCAUAGCAAUUAACGCGGUAACUGUCUCUACUAUUCUCGCAAUUUGUGCACAAACUUAUGAUUCAUUAUGCGGCAUGUCGAUCCAUUUAUUCACGAUAAAGCACGGUUUGGAAUCUAACAUCUUUGUUUCUAAUGCCUUGAUCAACAUGUAUGCCAAAUUUGGCUACAUGGAUUGCGCCCGAAAUGUUUUCGAUCAUAUGGGUGCUAGAGAUUUGGUUACAUGGAACUCCAUAAUCGCAGCAUACGAGCAACAUUGUUGUCCACAGGUAGCACUGGCUUUUUUUCACGAGAUGAAGUCAAAUAAAGUCCAACCUGACUCGUUGACACUGGUGAGCCUAUCCUCAUGCCUUGCUCAGACAAGAGAUAUUUUAUGCAGCAAAUCAAUUCAUGGAUUUGUUAUCAGGAGAUGCUGGAUCACAAAAGAUACCAUAAUUGGAAAUAGCAUCGUCGACAUGUACGCGAAAUUAGGCAUUUUGGAUUCUGCACGUCGGAUUUUUGAGCAACUUCCUUUUAAAGACGUAAUCUCGUGGAACACAAUGAUCACUGGUUAUGCUCAAAACGGCUUCGCGAGCGAGGCCAUUAACUUGUAUCGAGCAAUGAAAGAAAAAGAUAAUCUGAAGCCUAACCAAGGAACAUGGGUGUCAGUUUUACCAGCUUAUGCUCAUUUAGGAGCUCUUAGAGAUGGAACAAGAAUCCAUUGUCUGGUGCUUAAACAAAACCUUGAUGCGGAUAUGUAUGUGGGCACUUGCCUUAUCGAUCUAUACGGAAAAUGCGGUAGACUAGGUGAAGCUAUGCUGUUAUUUAGUGAGGUGCCAAGAGAAACUUCAGUAACUUGGAAUGCCGUAAUAUCGUGCCACGGGCUUCACGGGCUUGGUCAAACAUCUGUCAGACUUUUUCACGAUAUGUUGAGUGAGAGAGUGAAUCCCGAUGAGGCGACUUUCUUAUCUUUAUUGACAGCUUGUAGCCAUUCCGGUUUGGUCGACGAGGGAAAACGGUAUUUUCACAGCAUGGAGCAAGAAUAUGGAGUGAAGCCCACUUUAAAGCACUACGGGUGCAUGGUUGACUUGUUUGGGCGGGCCGGGCUUUUGGAAGAAGCAUACAAGUUUAUUGAAACCAUGCCUGUGAGGCCCGAUUCCCCAAUAUGGGGCGCUCUUCUUGGUGCCUCUCGAGUUCAUGGAAAUGUUGAGAUGGGCCAAAAGGCAUCAGGCCAGUUAUUCGAGCUCGACCGGGAAAAUGUUGGAUAUUACGUUUUACUGUCGAAUAUUUACGCAAACUUUGGGCGGUGGGAAGGGGUCGACACGGUAAGGUCAUUGGCCCGGGAUCGCGGCUUAUGGAAAACGCCCGGGUGGAGUUCGGUCGAAUUAAAUAACGAACUCGAGGUUUUCUAUACUGGCAGCAGGUCUCAUCCUCAGAGUGAGGACAUAUACAAGGAACUAGCUUCGCUAAAUUCUAAACUGAAAAGCCUUGGUUAUAUCCCGGAUUAUAGUUUUGUGCUUCAAGAUGUAGAAGAUGACGAGAAAGAGAAUAUUCUCUCAAGCCACAGCGAGAGGUUGGCUAUUGUGUGCGGAAUUCUCAAUACUCCACCUAAAAGUUCUAUAAGGAUAUACAAAAAUUUGCGGGUUUGUGGCGACUGCCACAAUGUGACGAAACUGAUAUCUAAAGUUACGGAGAGGGAAAUUAUCGUGAGGGACUCGAAUCGUUUUCAUCACUUCAGAGACGGAUUUUGCUCAUGUGGUGACUAUUGGUGA